UAGACCCCAUACCUACUCGUUCCGAAUGCAGCGGCCACGCGUCAUUGUUAUUUUUCAAAUUUUAACAAAGACAAGAAUUAGUUUUACUAUAAUACUUUAAAAUCAUUAAACUGUACUGUGAUCAAUGUCAAUUCUAUGAAUGAUUGAUUUUGGAAAUGAUUGCUUCUUCAAGAAAAUUAACGGAUGUUAAUGACGGUGCGGUAGCAGCGUUCGAUACGCUCGGAGAUCCACGCUACUGAGUGGAUGAAUGGAACUUAGUAUACGGGCAGAAAAUAUCCUGAAAAAUUGCUCAUAAGGUAUAUUUUAACCAGAUUUUACAACGAAGGCGAGGUCCCGAAGCGCACUGAGUUUUGUAAUAAGAAGUAACUUGAAAAUAUGACAUAUUUAUAGAACACUAGCGCCGGCCUAAAUUUUCUACGGGAACAGUCAUUUUUCUGUGACGAAAGAAAAUGGGCUCCGUGCAGGAAGAGAAGCCCCCUGAAACUCCCACGAAACCCAACAUCAGUCAGAUCAGAAAUACCGAAUUAGUUUCAAGAUUACUUGCAGCCACUCCGCCAUAUCUGUACAGCGCUCUGCCACUGCAACCCCACGCGUUCUUCUUCAGCGAAAUGCUCAGGUCUUUUGUUAAUGCUAGACAUGGAUGUCGCCCGCCACAUUACCAUCGCCGCUUCAAGCGCAGAUCUCAUAAAUACUUUGCUGAAAACGAAGAUUGGCGGAGAGAGCCGAGGGAGUGGCCGAAGUCGGAAGAGGAGAAAAAGGAAGAAGUCAGGCCAGAGGUUCCUUUGGAGUUGACGGUGGAGAAGCAAUCACGAGCACGCGAGCCGUCGCCUCGUAGAUUGUCCCCGAAAUUGGAAAAGUCCAGUGGAAGUCCUGGCCCACCUGGAAGACAGUCGUCUUACGUUGAUGUCGGGACUGAAGAACUGCCAAAACCUUCGCCAUGUGUUGGGAGAACACCAACUGAUCCUCAUACAGCUGUUCCACCAUCAAACCUGAUCCUGCCUCCCCCUCCUCCUAUGUGGUACCCCCCUCUGUACAACCCCCAAUUCGGAGUAGAUCCAUUAAAUUUCUUCAUAGACCUGCGUGUGUCUGGUCAUAUUUAUGAUAGAAAAAGAGCUCUAGCUGAAGGUAUCGACACGAAUAUAAACCAAGAAGUGAAGUCAGAUGAGACGACCCUCGACAAAAGACUCAGUCGGGACUUUGUUCAAAGACCGAGGCAUCUCUCGGCGUUUUCUGUGCCAGUGCGUUCAGGUAAUGUCAACGUCAAUGGUGCAGAGAAAUAUUUUGAUCAUGGUGGAGUGAAAAGUGGCAACUUGAAUGGCACAUCGUAUGUAAUGAGGAAUUUGAAACGUGUGUACGAACAUUUACAUUCCUCGAACGACAAGGACAGUUCGAAGGGUAAAGAUGAUGAUGCGAAGGUGGAUUCUGACGUUGAGGAGGACAUUAUGGACUGAACAAUGAUUUCUAUUUACUAAUUAAUAUAUCUGGAAAAUUGUAGUCGUCUUAAUGAUCUCAUAUACUGUAUUAUAAUUAUAUAUUUACAAACGAUAGUCCUAUAUAAGUAUCUACUAUACCUAAGUCUAUGUAUACACGCAAACGGAUUGGGUACUUUAAGUCUUUUACCUAAGCAUAUACUUAUUUAAACUGUAUAGUUACUAGUCAACUCUAGUCUGUAAAUACUAAAUACAGUAUUUAGGCAUUACAAAGUUAAUAUAUUCCUACCUAAAUCUAAUCGUGCUUAUAAUAAAUGUGUAUAAUAACCUGAUUGUUAAUUAAAAUGU